GGCCACCGGGUUUCGGCUUUUCGCCAGGUCCUCAACGUUCUUGGGUGCAUCUUGGCGGUUCCGCUCUAUUAUCUCACAACAGCACACACUCGGUAUCCAGUCACGCUGGAUAUCAUCAUCACCAUCGCCUUUACCGAAUUGAACCGGUAUGUCAUCGAGGGAUGUCGAAUCGCCUUUCAAGGCCGGCAAAGAUCAGGUCGUGACACGGCGUCGCUGUCGGAGAAGUGGGACGAGAAGGCGGCUUGGUACUUGGAAAACCAGCCAGAAACGCCGAAGCUGGAGUGUUUGGCGGCGGUAGUAGGUUGGAGAGAAGAUCCUGGCCUGUAUGCGCGCGCACUGGAGAGCUACAAGUCGUCGAAGGCAUGCGUGUUCCUGCUCGCGGGUAUCGAUGGCGACGAGGCGGAAGAUGAGGACAUGGUCCGAGUUUUCAAAAAGGUGUAUCCAGAGCACUCGGCCGUGAUCGAUAUCCCGGAGCCUCUUGGAGACAUUGCCGAGAGUGUUCGCGCCAAAGUCAUCGCCCAGGGUCGCCAUCACCAAGACCCAGUUAGCGACGACGAGGUCGACGCCGUCGCGAUGCAGUACUGCAUUGAGCUGGCGAAAUCCAUUCUGGUCCAGCACAAUCUGCGGAUCGGGGCGCCGGACGGGGUGCGACACCUGUGCCUCAAGCAGCGCCACAUGCACAAGAAGGGCAUCAUGUUCACGACGUUCGUCUUCUCCCUCGUCAUCGCCGACAUCCUGGGUGUCGAGUUUCUGUGGUCCUCGGACUCGGACACCAUCGUCUUUCCGGACUCGCUCGAGGGCACCAUCAACACGUUCGCAGCAGAUCCCGACGCAGGAGGAGCCAGUUCCGGCUUGGUCGUGCACAAUGCCGAGGAGACCACGGUCACGAAGCUGGCAUCUGCCGUCUACUGGGGCGAGCUGUACCUCACACGCUCCACCCCGGCCUGCACCGGGACGAGCGACUGCCAGAGCGGCCCGAGCACGGCCUUCAGACUGGCCGCCUUGCCCGACAUCCUGAUCCCCUGGUACCUCCAGAGGGCUCUCGGCAAGCGCAUGAUCGUGAACGAGGACCGCCAUCUGACCACGAACUUGCUACUCCGUGGGUGGAAGGUCAUGUUUGCCUCGGACGUGCUCACCGCAACAGACACGCCUACCACCAUGUCCCGGUGGCUGAAACAACAGGUCCGGUGGGCGAGGGCAACGCAUAUCGAGUCGCUGCUGCACCCCCGCGUCUAUGCUACCAGCCACCCGCUCCUCUUCUACGGUAUGGCCAAGCGGGAGUUCGGUCCGGCCAUUGGCGCGAUCGCCAUCAUCUGGUAUUUCUUUACGUCGCAGCAACUGGUCGUCUUUUCUGUCAACGACCUCGUCUGCCGGGUGCUGGUCGGCUCUUGCUACAACAUUCUCAGGAACCCUGACCGGCUGAAGGGAGGAGACCUUCUUUGGAUCCUCCCUAGUAUCUUGUUCUACUACAUUCCACUUCCGGCCGUUCACCUCUGGAGCAUGAUGACGAUGGGCGCCGAUGGGUGGGGCACUAGCAUGAGGGCCAGUGGUGAGCGAGCUCGAAAGGAAUCCUUGAGGAGGGCAUGGUUCGAGACGGGCUUCUUCGUCGUGUGGAUGGGAAUACUGGGCGGCGUUGUGGCAAAGGUUCUCGGGGCGUACCUUGGUAUGGUCUGGCAUGAGAGAAUGGCGGCGAUCCUGGUCAGCGUUGCCAUCUCAUCAUUUGGGACUUGGAGCAUCACGAUCGGAGUAUCUUAG